CUCUGUUUGAGAGGUUAAUGAUCGGUGGAAAUUAAAAUUCGAUUUGGGCUUUAGGGCAUUUUGGGUUUGAUCGAGAUGACUGUGCUCUUAAGAUAUGAGGGUUUUCUUUUGUUACUGUGAUUGAGAAACUUCUCGUGAUCCAUUCUGAGAUUCGAUCAAAGGUUUUUGUUGGGAGAAAAGAAGGAUCUAGGAUCUUGUGUAUUGUUGCAUAGGAACAUUUUAAUAUGAGAGUUUGCUUAAAGUUUAAGAACACUUCUUUUGAGUCUGAUUUUCAAUUCAAAAAUUUGACAAAGCUCACGCUUACUAGAUGGAGUGCUGAUUGGAGAGGUGCUACUGAGUUGUAUGAGCAAGCAGCAAAUGGGUUUAGAGCAUCAAACAAAUAUGAGAAAGCUAAAGUGGCUCUCGAGAAAGCUUCAAAAGGACAAGAGAUGCAAGCUUCUCCUUGGGAUGCUGCAAAGCAUAUGGAGUCUGCUGCUGCCUUAGCACAGAAGCUAAGUAUUUGGAAUGAAGUUGCUGAUUUUUAUAGAAAGGCGUCGGAGCUGUAUGUUGAGUGUGGAAGGGCACAACCCGCAUCAGAUGCUCUUGGAAAGGCUGCCCGUGCUUUGGAAGAUGUCAAACCAGAUGACGCCAUCCAACUAUACACUGAUGCUUGUGAAAUUCUUGAAGAGGAUGGGAGGGACCAAAUGGCCUUUGAUCUGUACCGUGCUUGUGCUAAUGUCUACAUUAAGCUUGAGAAGUUCACAGAUGCUGCAACCUUUUUCUUAAGAUUGGGUGUAGCUGCUGAUAAGUGUGAUGCGACAAAUAGCCAGUGUAAGGCCUAUCUCAGUGCAAUCAUCUUAUAUCUGUAUGCUCACGACCUGCAGCAGGCAGAAAAAUGCUACAAUGACUGUUCUCAGAUUGAUGCCUUUCUGAAGAGUGAUCAGAGCCGAAGUGCUAGUAGACUUCUCACCGCCUAUAAUGAAGGUGACAUUGAAGAAAUCAAGAAGGUGGCGAGUGCAAGCACUGUCUCGAAUUUGGAUCAUAUGAUUAUCAAGUUGGCUAGGAAGCUACCCACUGGAGAUGUUACUGCAAUUCAGAUGAACACUAAUGACGAUCUAGACGAGGAUGAUCUCACUUAAAGUUUCUCCUCUUUGUACAUAUUCAUAUUUACACUUGGCUUCUUUUCAGUCCAAAGAUUCAAAAAAAACAUAUUAUCGUUUGUCCCAAGUACUGUGGGAAAGAUUGAUUAUAUAGGCUCUAAAUUCGAAUUUAUGCAUGUAUUUUUCUUAAAACACGAGCAGCUAAAACUCUAAAGUAUGUUAUUUUAUCUUGUUACAACAGCUCAUACAGGUUGGUUCAAUUUUGGAUCUGGUUGUUGUUUGAAAUCGUCUACUAAUCA